AUGACUCUCAACCCUCAAAACCGCUCUGUCCUCGCCGUCGUCGGCGUCGGCCCAGGGAUCGGCGAGUCCGUGUCCCGCCACUUCGCGGCCAAAGGCUUCUCUGUAGCCCUAAUCGCGCGCACCGAGUCCAAGCUCGUCACCAUCCAGGACUCCAUCCGUGCCGCCUACGGCGUGCACAGCGCAAAAUACUACGUCGCCGACGUGCGCGAUGAAUCGUCCAUCAUCGCCACCUUCGCGGCCAUCAAGUCCGAUCUUGGCAAAGUCUCCGUCCUAGUGUAUAACGCUGGCUCGAGACGCAUUCGUGGGCGAAGCCUGGUCGAGACGCCCUCGGCGGAGUUUGAGGAUUUCGUGAAAAUUAAUAUGAUGGGCGCGUAUUAUGCCACGAAGGUUGUUAUUCCGGAUAUGUUGGAAGCUGGGAAGGGGACGAUUCUUUUCACGGGCGCCACCGCGUCUAUUCGAGGGAGUCCUGGGUUAGGGGGGUUUUCGCCGGGGAAGUUUGGGUUGAGGGCGCUGGCGCAGAUUGUCGCGAGAGAGUUUCAGGCAAGUGGCAUCCAUGCGGUUCAUGUCCUUGUGGAUGGGCCGGUUGAGAGCGAUAUCAUUGGGUCGGUGGUGAGGAAGAGGUGGGAGAAGGAGGGCGAGGAGAAAUUGAAAGAGAAAGAUCGGUAUCUGAUGCAGCCGGAGGAUUUGGCAAAGGUCUAUUGGUAUCUCCACGAGCAGCCGAGGAGUACCUGGACUCAGGAGUUGGAUGUCAGGGCGCAGAGGGAGACGAUGUUUUCAAAGUUUUAG